AUGGGGGCACGGGAGAGGCUGGCAGAGUCAGCCCCGGAUAAAGAUGAGCUGUCACUGCCACCCUUGGCCACCGUGGGGGGUCACGGAGCAGAAGCCGCCAAGCUGGAGGCGUCUCAGUGCGUGAAGCCAGACCGCCACAAAUGUGGGCUCCGCCAGCUCCAGGCCGCAACUCGUCCCUUCUCGCCUGCUUCUGGCCACUCGCCGCCCCUGGCCUUGAACACCCUUCGUUCCUGGGCUCCUGGGUGGAGCUCCUCUGAGGAGGAUGCCCUUGCCUCAGGGACCAGCCAGCCGGGCCCGAGAAGGCUCCUAAAGCACAGCACCCCGGAGGGAGCGGCCGUCAGCUGGCGCUCGGGGCUGCUGGGCGAUGUCCCCUCCCCGCAGGAAGCGGGCGCUGCAGGUGCAUCCCCGCUGCCUGCACCCUCCUCGCAGGAACUCCCGUCGCCCCGGGCAGGGCUCAGCCCCACGGCCCCCCUCAGAAAGAGGAGGCUCUCCACCAUCCGGGCCUCUGAGGUGUCCAGUGGGCAGCUAGGGUCCGACGCAGACCCCUGGGCUUUCGAGGAAGAUCCGCCCGUGCCGGCCUCCUUCACGCCACGGCGGCGGCGGCGGCCGCCUCAGCAGCAGCAGGAUGCGUCCCCCCAAGCAAGGAGAGGGCCACCACACUUAGGAUUGCCGGGGAUCCCAGACAAGACCAGCAGGAGGCGACGGGACCUGAAGAAACUGGCGGCUGCGUUGGAGCGAGUGAGGCAGUGGGAAAUCCGCCUGCUUCAGAGCAUCGAGGAGGCCACCCAGCACGAGCUCACCGUCCAGGAGGAGUGAACUCUCUGCCCCGGGACCAGGACGCAGCUGUGCUCAGGAGCUCCUGCUGUGGCCUGAUCUGCUCAAGUGUCCGUCCGUCUGUCCACCUGUCUGUAAACCCUGCACCUUCCUCAGGGCUUGCCCUGGGUCCAACCUUGACCUCUAUUGUGCCUCCUGGUGGCAGGGGGAGAGGGGGUGCAAGGAACUGGCUGAGGCUGUCACAUCCCACUUGUGGCCCUCAGGCCCCAUCUGAGAGGAGGGGCUGCAGAGCGCAGGUGCAGACAGGGGCGGUGGAUGCCCACUGCCACCCUGGGCAAACCACUCCCCCACUCCCGACUCCGCCUUCUUCCCCAACACAGCUGGGUGAGCCUUCGAUGCUGGGAUGACACAAGGUGGGAACAGGACCGAGUUUUGCAGGUAAUCACCAGGGAGGCAGGCACCCCACCCAGCUGCUGAGGAUGGGGCUUCACACCCAGCAGGCUUAGAAUGCCACUCCAGGAAAGGCCAAAGCAGUGGCUCUCCA